AUGUACAUCGCCCUUUCUCACAAGUCCAUGCUUCCAGCUUUGAAUCUGGACGUUCCCAGCUUUUUACUUCUACCAGAACACUUGUCCAGCCCCCCCUUCGUUCCUUAUAAUUUUUUUUCAUGUGUUUCUGCAGGACCGCGCAGCUACCACUCGCCAUUCAUUCUCAGUUCCCCUGUGGCGGCGCCCGCCAAGUUUUGUCACAUCACCAUGUCUCUAGAAUCACUAGAAAUAUGCGGAAUCAGAGGUUUUAGUCCGGAUCACUCUUGUAAAGUCGACAUUUCAUCUCCUCUCACCAUCAUCACUGGUCCCACGGGGAGCGGCAAGACCGCUAUACUCGAGGCUCUCCGAGUAGCGGUCACUGGACUUAAUGUACGGAAGGCGAGCAAGAGAAUUCCACCGGAGAUUAACGACCCCAAUACCCAUGCACGCUCCGAGACAGUCGCAUCCGUCCGUCUCGUCUUUCAGGGUGCUGAUAACGUCAAGUAUACUGUUGAGCGGCAGUACAAGCUCAAAGGUGCUUCGCUUACAGCCAACACAUCAGGCUGCUUCAGCUCAGACCCCCCAAAAUUGACCUCUUCAGCGACUUUGAUACACCCCGACAUCUCGAUGUUACCCGAGCUCCUGCAAUCAAGGACCAUAUGGACAAAAUCACAAGGCUGGAUGGGCACAGCGAAGUUCUGCACAUGCUUCAAUACGGUAUGCAGCAGAUGA